UCACUGUCGGUCUGACAGAUGACAUACCAAACUAACCUCAAAACCCGAUUGCACCCAAACCAAAUCAUAUUUUACGUAACAAAACAUUCCGGCGUGAAUCUGCUUAUUUAGUUCGAAUGGUGGCCCGGUUCUUUUACCUGGAAGUUAAGUCCGAAGGUUCUGAGUUGAACGUGAGGCGACGAAUCGAAGAAGCUCUGCAGUCUGUGUUCGGUCUUACAGGCGCCGCUAUUCAGGUGGACUUACUGCGGGCAGAAGGAUCCCAGGUCUUACUGCGAGUGCCAGCUGACCAGUACCGUCGAGUACGAGCCGCCAUCACCUUGUCAGAAACUGCUACAGUCCUCCGAGCCGCACCAUCACUUUUCGCAUUUAUUUAACUUUAUAAAAACUUCUUAUCACCAUGACUACAAGACUCACUUCAGGGCCGAAUGGCAAGGAUGUCAUCCUAAUAGCGUCAGCGGAAGAACUUGCCACCCCGAGCAAAAUAACAUUACCAGAACCUGAGCCAGCUCCCGGGCUAAUACACCCAGAUGGGUCAAUAAAUUGGGGAUGUCCGUGUCUCGGUGGUAUGGCCACCGGUCCCUGCGGGCCACAGUUCCGUGAAGCGUUCACAUGCUUCCAUUACAGUGAGGCUGAGCCUAAGGGGAGCGAGUGUUAUGAGAAGUUCAGUGUCAUGCAAGAGUGUAUGAGCAACUACCCGGAGCUUUAUGGCAAAGAUGACGAUGAGGAAAGUCCUGCGAGUAUGGUGGGUGUGGGAGCGGAUGGAGAUAGUCCUGGGAUGGAUGCAAAGACUGAAGAACCAGCGGAAAAGGUUGCAGUGGCUAGCAAUUAGUUGUGAAUUAUGUUUCUAGAGUCACUGUGAAGAAAUAUGGUGUAACAACAAUACUAAGAUAAAAAUGUUUAAGUAGGUUGAAGUACAACUGUAAGAAGUAUAUUUUAUUUAAAAGCUAUAAUUAAUUAUAGGAUUAUCUUUAUGUACAACCUCAGAUUUCAUGCAAUCUAGAAUGUCUUGGUAUUAAAGUUUGUAUUAGAUUAGGCUGUGUUUGUAAAUUACAUUAAAUGCCUCAUUUGGUGCUUU